GUUAGGACCAAGUUACAAUCGAACCGUUGAGCGAGCAACAUGAACUCCCAUCUCAUUGCCAUCCUGCUGGCCACCGUGGCCAUCGGCUCCUCCAUCGCCAAUCCCAGCCUCUUCUCAGGGCCCUCGAAAAUCAUGGAGAUAAUGAGUGCCACCAGCGAAAUGCAGCGGAAUAACCCACAACUGGCCGCCGCCUGUUUCAACUACUACGAUGGCGUUUUCAAAAAUGACUGGUCUAUCUACGAGGAUGAGUUCAACCAGUGCGUGGAUAAGUACGAGGGCGGCCAUAAGGAGGUCCUGAAGCGAUACGAUUCUGUGGUCUGGGAUCUCAGCAAUUCCACCUUCGACUCCUGCAUGUUUUUGCUUGACUGUGAUAACAAGAAUGAUAGUCAGAAGGCUCUGUCCUGCUACGCUGUUGAGGGUCCCAAAUACUCCAAGAACUUGACCGCAGUGGGUUCCAGUGCUUCCGUUUUCUACGGAUCGCUGGGACAGGAGAUUGAGCAACUUGCUUACACCCGUGAACUUUGCUGCAACACCUCGGCUCGGAACUACGAGAUUCGGUCCGGUAACUCCUACGAGGCUUUCCAGAGCUGCAUGGCGGGACUGUCUCCUGUGCCGGUAGACACCACCACCAGCAGGCCCGUUAGCAGCACAAGUCCUCCACCAACAACCCAACAGAGCACAACCCAAGCGAGCACAACCCAAUCCAGCUCAUCUGCCCCACAAAGCUCAACGGCCAAGCCAAACCAAUUUUCUCAUAUCGAGUCCGAAGAAAGAAGCAGUGCCAACGGCAAUCACAGAUUGGCCAGGAAACUGGAAAGUAUUUACAGACAUGUUGUUUAAGAAACGAACUAGUUUAAAAUAAAGUGUUUAUAUAUUCAAGAAAAUAUUAAAAAA